AUGCCUCCCCGAAGCUCCCUGACGGGCUCCUUCUCGGUCACCGACGCCAAUAAUGAGGUGGUGUGUCCCUUGAAGAAUAACGACGGCUCCAAUUGUCGCAAGCGAUGUCUGGGAGAAAAACGCUAUCGGUCCAUGCAGGAGCACAUUCGACGUGCGCACCCGAACCACUACAUCCCGAAGCUCCCGGCUACCGAGGAGAGCUUCCUGCUGAUGGUCACCACCCCUCCCGAACAACGUGCGCACCUCUCUCCCCCAGAACAACCCCAGCCCCGACGCCGAAAUGAAGUGGAGCGGGACAUCUACGUUCGGGACGCCAGCUCCCCGGGCACUCCUCGAGCUCUGGACGAACCCCACCCAUCCGCAGCUACGGCGGCUGUUGCUCUGGCAGAGCUGCACCACCACCGACUCGCUUCGGACUGGGAUACCGAUAUGGAUACUCAUUCCGAUACCGACGUGACCCGACCCGGCAUGCGCUCGUCGAUUGAAUUACCCUCUCUGCGCGACCAUUUCAAACAGGAAUCUCUGCCGCCAUUCGCUUCGUCUCGCCCGCGGGAACUUCUUCCAUCUAUCUUGAACCACUCCCCGCCCGGUCGCUCAUCCACUCUACCACCCAUCCAGCGGAAAGACAAGGUUACCCGACCGCGCAAGUCGUCCAUCUCGCAAUCGGCGCGAAAACCAAAGCAUGAGCGGCCACGGUCGAAGGAUUUUGGUCGACGACCGAGCUUGGGAGAUCGCAAAGCUCUCUCCGCAGAGCCGCAAACAGCUGCUUGGGCGCAGGGCAAGCGCUGGGAGGACCUCAUCGAAGCAGCGACCUCGGCUACCGAAGUAGAUGAUGAGCGACAUUCAGAGGCUGGCCGUUCGCCCACAAUCGCGCCGCUGUUUGCCAACGUGACAUCAGCGCCGAAGAACCGGUCCUCGCUCCCACCGGCUUUCCAGCCGACGACUGGGCUACCGCCUCUUGGCUCACACCGGCCACCGUUUCCUCCUCAUUCUUACGCUGCCUCGCCUCUGCACAAAUCAUUGACACCGCCGCCGUUUGAGAGGGGCCGUGAUAGUGACUUGGAACCGUUCCCGUCCAUUGAAUCGUCACUCGACUCCAUGUCUAGCGCGUCCGGCAAGAAUUUCACAUCUGGGCUCGCACCGUCCUCGAAUUCCGAUUCAAGUCCGGUGUUGAAUUUAAUUCCCCCCAUCAACCAGCGACAGCACCAUCGGUUCUCAAACCCGACUCCAGCAUCUUACCACAACCGGGAAAUCCAAAUUUUCUGCGCACACUGCAAGCGCCCUUGGGCGUUGAAUGAGUGUUAUGCAUGUACGGAGUGUAUCUGCGGCGUUUGUCGAGACUGCGUCAGCAUGUUCAUUUCGAGUCCGCCUGCUUCGUUCCGAAGCCCGGGGAAUGGCGUGAACAGCAUGGCACCACUGGGUCCAACCAGCUACCCAACCGCACGUGGGUGUCCGCGAUGUCGUACGGUCGGAGGCAAAUGGAAAGCCUUUCAAUUGGACUUUAAAUAA